AUGUCAAUGAUUUCAAGUGGGGUGAACAUUAAGAACACCGAGGCACAAGAAUCUCAGCCAUGCUUAACAGUGUGUCAAAGCAUAAUUUUUAAUACAAAGGCCAAGGAACGCUCAACUGUUCAGUCAAAAACUGGCCAAUCGCGGCAUACUAAAUCACGCGAACCACCUCUUCCAUUAUACCUCAGAUUUAAUGUCCAUGCAAUGACCAGAAGUAAAACACUAAUUGUAAAGUUGUACCAGAUGGGACUUUCGGUAUCAUAUCUAAGGAUCAUGGAAUUAGAGGACAUGCUUGCUACUUCCAUCAGUGAGCACUUUGAAGCGGACGGUUUUGUGGUACCUACUUGUCUAAAAAAGGGCGUGUUUACCGUUGGAGCCCUUGAUAAUUUAGAUCAUAACCCUAGCUCUAUGACGGCAGCCUCGUCGUUCCAUGGAACAGGCAUUAGUCUUUUCCAGUUACCAACAAUUAGUAAUCCUGGCGAAGAGAGGCCUCCAGUAGCGUUACCGCCGCAGGGAACCGGGCAUGCUCUCCCAGAGGAAUAUGCAACUGUUUACCCCGUAGAGUUGAACACUAGCAAGGCAGUUGUACCAACGCGUGAUAUGAAAGAAAUAGUUAGUUGCAUGGCUGAAGUGAAAUGCAGUGAGCAACAGUGA